UGUGAAAGUAGGCAUAUACACUGAGACAGUGACUUCAAAUAUGGGAAUGGGAAAUGUACUUCUCCUGUCACAAGUUAUUGCAUUUUUAGUGUCGUUUCUUGGUUCUUUUUUCAUCUUUAUUCCAGUGUCAAUAAACUUGCAGGAAUUUGAUGGAAAUUGUUUACUUGGAGCCAAGGGGACUUGGAACUACAGUUCAGAUGCAAAGAGUGUGAUCCUGAUGAACAUAGAAUGGGGUCUAUACAGUGACUGUGGAUUUUCUGUAUUUGUUGGCGUUAUUGUCAUGAUAAUCUCAGUUUUUUACAUCAUAUGGCAAUCGGUUUAUUUGUUUAAAAACACUGACAGUUCUUGGUUGGAUGCAUUUGUGACCUGUAUUGUCAGUAUCACUGUGUGCCUGCUGCUGUUUAUUUGUGCCCUGGUACUCAGUGUGGGCUACAACAAAUGGUGUCACACCUUAACAGGAAUAAAAUCUCCUUAUCUGAAAUGUGAAGAUACGGAGAUGAAUGUAUUUAUCACUGAUUCGAACAUUUACACAAAGAAUAUGUUCUCAGAAUUCAACAUGGCACAGUUUGGUGCCUGGCUGUGUUGGAUUUGCUGGCUGAUUCUCUCUGUGUUAUCAGUCAUUAAAGUGUACCAUUACCACAAAAAAGAGGCCUUCCUGUCCAGCAUGAAUCGGGAACGACAGCGACUCUUACAGAGUGUGGGACAUAGAGAGCCUAUGGUGCUUUAAUUGUAUGAACCCUAUGACUAUUGAUCAAGUGACAACUGUGCUAUUUUCUACAAGAUCCAAAUGACUAAAGACCAGGCUUCACUGCACCUAUCAUGCUCAUUCUGUGAGAACCUAAUGAAAAUGUCGGUUUUUUUGUUUGUUUGUUUGAGUUUUUUUCUUUGUUGAGAACAGUUGCAAUGGGAAUUUCUCAUCAAAGUCUUUUAGUCUUUAGCUUAAAUAUAACUGUUUUAUCUUUACAUUAUAUGAACUCUUUGUCAUGGUAAACAGGUCCAUUUUCAGUGUUCAUAGGAUCUAUAUUUGAAUGGGGUAUGUGGGAGGAACUUCUUCCUUAGAGCAAAACUAGGUUAUUAAUAAAUGUUAUUACACUGAAUAGGCUAACUGGGUCAAAAAUACUUUUAAGAAGAAAAUAACCAAUGGACUUUUUUAAGACAACUCUUUGUUCUUACGUGGUGUUGUCUUUAACAUUCAAAGUAAUUUUGUGAAAGGGGGAUGGAACAUAUUUACUUUAAUUCAGAGAUGUUUUCUUGCAUGAGAGAUGGGCAUAGAGUGAAUUGAGGAGAGAGAGAAUCAAGUUUUGUUUUUUAUGUGAAUUCCAAUAUAAAGGAGACACAAUGAUAAACUAUAGACCAAAGCUAAACACGUUAAAAGAUGAGAUAACUACAUCUAUAGAGAAAGGACUUAAUAAGCUUUAACAACACAUCAAAGACACUUAAUACACCAGUAUAAUGGUUAUGUGUGUUGAGUUACUGUGUAUUUAUGUAGUUAUUGUUACUUUGUAAAUAUUUAUAAAUACUCAGUUAUGUUAUUGUUAGCAAGUGUUCCUGGAUAUUACGUAACAUGUCAAACACUGAAGCUUGACACAUAUAUGACAUACUCACAGAAUUGCAAAUUUCCUGUUUCAGGUUGAACAGACAUAAGAUAACUACAAUACUCAUUUUGCCUAUCCAUGUCCUGAAUACACACACUCACCCCCAUUUUUUUUCAACUAUCUUAAUACAUUGUUUAAAUAUCACCUGAAGUCAGAAAGAAAGUACCUUCUAUGUAAUUUUAAAAGCAUUAUACAUUUUGUGCAAGGCAUUCAUGUGUACCUUCAGUUUAUCUGCUAGGGACAGAGUAGAAGGGAGAGAGAGGAAUCUAUCUUGAGGAGUAAAAAACAGAUAGUGACUGUGAUUUCUUCACACUGUCAAUAUUUACUGGAAUGCAUUUUAAGGUUCAUUGAUCUUCAGAUAAGAGAGAAAUUGUCAAAUUUGAUAGAAUUUCUGACAAAAUUUACUCCACAACGUAUGUUGAGAAUAUAAUUAAGAUUUCUUUUGGUAAAGCAAUAUCAUUAAAGCAACAUUUUGCAUGUCUACAGAGCAAUGAAUAACCUUAAGAAAUUGGGGGAGGGGGUGUUAGGGGUCACUUAUUAGAGAAAUGUCUGGGUCUUUAUAAUAUGGUCAAGUAUUAAGUAUAGUUGUUUAAUGACGAACCUUCACUCUGAACACAAGGAUAUAUAAGGUCCCUUGUUUAUUCUGUAUUUCACUUUGAUAAUCUAACUCAGUAUAACAUUAAAUACUGCUGAGUGCAGUUGUAUGUGAAUCUGCCAUAAGUUGAUUUUUUUUUUAUUUCAUGAACUGUAUUUAUCAUGGGCAUUCAUCUGGUUUGAAUUUGAACAUUAGUGUCUGACUCUGUUUUAGAAUCUCAAUCAUGAGUGUAAUCACUGUUUACUAGUAUAUAUAUUUCUGUAUAAUUUACUAGCAUGAAAAUAAACAAACACAUAUCUUCA